AUGUCCCAGCUCGGGAAGAUUGACACAAUGCAGCGCGCUCUCAACAUUGUCAACGAGCAUGUCCACUUUAGCCCUGAGGCAACCCAGGGCUGGAAGUCGAAUUCGGAGCUCCCACAAGCUCGCGAGAUUCUAGCAACUGAAAAUGACACGAAGGAUCUGCCAGAGAAUCCCGUCCAUACUCCCUGGGCCUCAAAGGAGGCCUAUCUUGAGGCGUAAUACGAGAUCCUGCGUCGCGAAGGAGUUGAGGGUCUACGGUUCUCCGUAGGACUCUACAAAGAUGCGAUCAAGAACAAGAAGGUACCAAUGGAUGAUGAUCAAGUCAUAUCUAAUGUCACGCCUCGGCCUAUCGCACGCGUCGAGUUCUCGACAAAGCGGUCGACAUGCAGGAUUAAGUGGCAGCAAUCGAAGAGACUCAGGCCGGGGACCAUCGUCGCGAUUUCUACGAAGGAUGACAACUUCAAGACAAUCUGCAAGAUCGCCACAAUUGCCCAACGGCUAUACCGAGAUGGCCUUGACCAGGACCCGCCACUUAUUGAUCUGAUGUGGGCGAAUACAGAGGAUGCCGUUUUGGAUCCGAACCUGGAACUAAUCAUGGUUGAGUCUCGAAACGGGUAUUUCGAGUCAGUACGCCACGCACUCGUCGGCUUGCAGCACGCCGCUCAGACAUAUUCGCCUUUGGACAAGUAUCUUAUUGGCAACCAUGUCCACGAUACACCACCCGCGUUCAUUGAAGAGUAUCCUUGGAUGGACUUCUCUUCACUCAUCCACCGCGCCACCGAGAACGGCGAUACUUUGCGAGAAUCCAUGAGCACCUUUCAUGUUCUAGAGGGUGGCCCUCCUGGCCUUCAAGGAGCUUCAACACUAGACGAUUCGCAACUCGAAGGCGUACACAAAAUUGUCUCCAACGAGCUCGCAAUUGUUCAGGGCCUCCCUAGCACUGGAAAGACGUUUACAUCCAUAGAGGCGAUUAAAGUGAUCCUUUCCACCCGCCGCAAGCAAGGAGGUCCGCCGAUUAUUGUUGCCGCCCAGACGAACCACGCUCUGGACCAGAUUCUUAUCCACUGUUUGAACAAUGGCGCCAAUAUCCUUCGAGUUGGCAGAAGGACCGAGAGUCCCAUGAUUCGACCCCACACGGUGAAAGAGACUCGCAAGCGCUACCAAGAAGUUCAAGACAAGCGACAUCGAGGCCUUGUUCAUUCUCAUCGCGCCAACAUUGACGCCAUUCAAGACUUGGUUAGCGCCGUCUUUGGCGACAACCACAACCUCAUUAGUCCUUCUGCACUUUUGGAUGCGGGGGUCAUCACUCAGGAUCAGUUAUCAUCGUUGUAUGACGAAAGCAUGGAGACUGAUGUUGAGGAGGGGCCGUUUGCGCUCUGGCUUGGUGAGAGCCUCAUUCCAGCUCGGAUCUUGCGGGACCAGCAUCCAACCCAGCAAGACCUGGAUGAGGCCGAGGCGAAGCGUGAAGUUGAGUUCGACGGCGACCUGGACAAUAUCGCCGAAGACGAGGAAGACUUGGGCCGUAUCAGGGGCCAGCUAAUUGAGUUGGCUCACAUGUGGUCUGGCAGAGAACCCUCGCAUGUCUCGCGUUGGCAGCGCGCUGCUGCGCGUGCACUGGCAGAUAACAGCGAUUUGUUUUGCAUCUGCCCAGACAUGCGCGGUGCAGUAUACCAGCUCUUGCAGGCUAAAUUGCUGGAAGCUACCACGUCAAAGCUCACCUCCCUCUUCGCUCAGAAUGUUUACCUAUGUAAACAUCUUAAGGUAAGUAAGUGGGCUAGAGACAUUAAUUUAAUUGACUCUGAGGGCAUCGAAGUUGUUGGGUGUACCACGACGGGCCUCACCAAGUUUCGUGGCUUUUUAGCUGCAUUGAUGCCUCGUUCUCUCCUGAUCGAAGAGGCUGCCGAGACACGAGAGGCCAACAUUACGUCGGCUCUCUUCCCGAGCCUCCAGCAGCUGAUUCUUGUCGGGGACCAUCAGCAGCUGACGCCUAACUGCGACAUUCGAUGGCUAGGAGAAGAGCCUUACAACCUCAAUGUCUCUCUCUCCCAGCGCAUGGUCAAUCUCAAAAUGCCUUUCGUGAUGCUUCAGCAUCAACGCCAGAUGAAGCCCGAGCUAAUUAAGCUACAUUUUGAAGCCGUUCUACCCGGAGCUGCAGGGCCACCCCGUUGUACAGGACGCCGCCAAUCGACCAGACGUGCCCGGAAUGGGUGGUCGGAACUGAUUCUUCUUUGAUCAUGAAUGGCCAGAGGAGAUAAACGUUGACAAGAGCAAAGCGGAGAAGUAGGUGGUGGUGCUAAGCACGUGGGUGGUGAGGCACAUGGGCCACACCCCAAAUACAAUGUAGCUAAUAGAAUCAAUCUUGUUACAUGAGCCCUGUGGCGACUGUGACAUCAUCUCCCCCUCGAAAAAAGCCUCGCCCCGAGGCGUUCAAAUCCAUCCUUAGAAAACCGUCAGAAACUGUCAGUCGGG